AUGGCACUUUUAUUUGUUCUACAUUUUACUAGCUUGAUAAAAGACAGUGUGUCUAAUUCGUUGCAACAAUCCAACAACUCAUUUUGUCAAUUGAACAACAGUGAAGCUUCCAUCAAAAUUUUCCCAUUUAGCUUGCACAGGUCCACAAAUAUCAAUGGUACAGUAAAGAAAGGCCAACUUAACGUUUAUUGUGCAAAUUUUGAACAAUCAAAUGUUUUGGAUUUGUUACGAAUUCGUGUACGCUUACAUGAUAUCAACAGUUCUGUGGAUAGCAGUAAAUUAAUGUUACAAAUAACCCGCUAUCAUCCAAUUGAUGCGAUAUCAUUUGCAUUACCAACUAAAAAUGGUGACAUGGAAGACGGCGUAAUGUUACCAGGUUUGGAUGUGGAAACUGCGGAACCACUCUUUGGUAAUAGAUCUAUUUAUCUGAUCAUUUUGGUGGUAGCAAAUUCAGACAAAAUUUUAGCAUACAGCAUCUCUGUCAAAAUUUAUGAUCGAUCUCAGUAUAACAUCAUCUUGCGUGCGCCAAAAUUCAGCCGUCCUCUUUUGAAUCAAAAGAUCUCAGCAAUGAUGCCAAUCGCAUUCAGAGUUCAUAUUUCUGAUCCUUCUCUCCGAAUCCUUAAAAUAACCGUGAAAAGUGACAACAAUUUUUGCGCUUUUCUGAUAGUUCGAAACUACUCAACUAUACUCCUGCAUUCAGGGAUGCUUACUCUAAAUUCCUUCAUGCAGGUAACAUUCACCCGAAAAGCAUCCUUUAUGGUAUUGGCAAAUUCACCACUUCAUGUUUUCGUGAUGAUGAUGAAUGAUCGUGCAUGUGGUACAUUUGCUCCUACUCGGGAACAUAACCGCGUGAAGAAAUUCGACAUCGAGUUUAGUAGUCUUCAGUCAACUUCAUCAUAUCCCUUGGUAAUGAUGACGAUGUUUUAUUUGACAUUAUCUAUCAUCUUCCUUGCAAAUGAUCAACUUAUGCCACCUCUUCCUACCAAUCAAAGAGAAACCGAUAUACCGUUGAUCACUCUGUCAGAUGAAAGCAAUUCAGGAACACCUUCAAGUUCCACAUAUCAGGAAAUUAGACGUGUGAACGAUUCACAUAAUAUUCUUGUGGAUAUUCAGAUGGAAAAAGAUGAGCAGGAAUUUCUAAAAAGCACCGCAUGGUUGCGAACUACUGAACAACGUACUAUCGGCACCGAUAGUAAUGAAAUCAUUAUGCAAACAUUUGAAUUAAACUGGAAUAUCUAUGUGCCUUAUUUUGCUUCCGUGCUAAUUGUGCUCCAAUAUUUUUAUACAUUAUUAUUGGAUCAACUGACACUGAUGAAUAAUAAUUUGGAUACUUGCUAUUACAAUAUGGAAUGUUCGAUUGUAUUAGGACCAUUUCAGGCAUUUAAUCAUGUAUAUAGUAAUGUUGGAUAUUUUUUACUCGGCUUCCUUUUCUUCAUUUUGAUCGGCCGUCGUUAUAAGCACUGGAAAUAUUGCAAUUGUAUUGGGUAUAAUUAUUGCCCAAACAUUUUUCUUAAUAUUGGUAUGGUGAUGUGUUUAGAGGCCUUUGCUAGUGCGUUCUAUCAUAUUUGCCCUAAUCCUCGAAUUUUUCACAAUGAUACCUUAUUUGUCGAAGUAGCUUUGGUUCUUCUAAUGGUACGACUCUAUUUUGUUCGUCGUGGCGGUGUUACACUAAGUGGAAUCUUCCAAUCAAUUAUCUUUGCCACUUCUUUCCAUUUCAUUGGCAAUAUAACUAGAGAUUGGAGAAAGUGGUUGAGGUGCUGCUGGCAUGCAGAAAAUGAAAGGGACAAAAGUUUGAUAUUGAAAAAGAGGUUGCUGGUUUGCAUUACCGUAUGCAAUAUUGCAUUAGCAUUACUAUUCGAAACAGGUUUGCUGCAGACAUCAUGCAUUACGCUUCAUCUUAUAGUGCUUAAUACUGUUGGCUACUUUAUUUACUACAUUUCUUGCAAGAUUAUUAGUGGUGAAACAAUCCUAAUACGUGCUUCUAUUUAUGCUAUUGCUUCAUUUCUACUUUGGAUUGCUGCUUUUUAUUUUUUCAGUCGUGGCAAGAAUUGGACUGGAGGGAAUCGAACUGAGGCUGAAGAGUGCAUACUAUUCCAAUACUUCGACUAUCACGAUAUUUGGCAUUUUAUUUCUUCACUGGCAUCAUUCUUUUCAUUAAUUGCCGUUGCCAUACUUGAUGACGACGUCAUGAUAUCCGAAUUCGGCCGACGACCAAUUUCCAUCUUUUAA